AUGGACUUCUGUGCCAGCCUUUGUGGAGUGUGGACACCUCGCUCUACACCUGCCUUUAGUGUCAGCAAUGAGUUUUCCCUGUUUGCUUCCCAGAAUGCUGGGCUAAACUUCUGUUUGCCAAGAACAUCAAUGUUUUGUUACCUGUUGGGAUUCUCAGAGACGACAGCCAAAGAUGCUGCUGAGGAACUAAGGAGAGUGAGGCAGCUUGAAGCUCCUCUGCACCGCAGACGUCAACGUAUGAUGCACCUCAGGCAGGUGUACAAGGUGGGCGCAGGUCGAGUGUGGGGGGAGAGGGCGCCCGCCCAGCAGCUGAUGCACGUGGGCGUGCAGGCGUGUAAGAACAGCCUUGAUUCCCUAAAGGUGCAGAACUAUCUUCAGUAUCUCAUCAAUGGACAGUUUGGUGCCAGUGGAGUGGCGGUCUUCAACCUCAUUAGAGAUUUGAUUUCAUUAAACUCUCUCGUGAGUGUAGUGAUGUGCCUAAGCCUGGUGCUACCACAGGUGCUCCAAGAGCCCCAGCCCAUCACAACAGCCGCCUGGGUCAUCACAAACACUACCAACAAUGACAACUGCCCACCUGUACUUAUUUCCUACGAUAAUAUAAAGGUAAACAACUGCAGUAUAUCGUACGUGAAUUCACUGGGUUCUGGGGACAAUGAAACCUGGAUUUGGGAUUCAGCAUCAUGGGUGUCAGAAAUGUUGCUUGGUAAAGGACGUCGAGAGUACUCACCUCUGUUCCUGGGCUUCUACCCCGUGCUGCUUGUACAUGACAAUUACCCCGUGGCAGCAGCACAGCUCCUGGCCGUGGUGAUUGUUUUCUUGGCAUCAUUAGUGAUGGUGGUGAAAAGAGUGGGUCAAUGGCUCCGUUAUAACCCUUCCUUCUGGGGAGAACUCACCUUCUCUAAGAUGGUAUUCGCCGGAUGGGACUUUAAUCUGAGACAUGUACACUGCAUCACUUCCAAGCAACAUGUUUUGAGGAACGAUAUUCGUGCCGCUCUUGAUGAGUAUCAGUUCCAACGAUCAAAGAGCAGUAGAACUACAGCACAGCUGCUGAAGCUCUACGUAAAGAGACUCAUCGUAAAUUGCUUGAUUUUUGUGGCAAUGUCUGUUGGUUACAUGAUCAUAGUUAUAUUCACUAAUUAUCGCCCAUUCUUAGAAGAGUUGCUUAAUAACUAUUAUUCCCAAGAUUCAUGGCAAAAAGAAACUUUGGACUCCUUGAUAAGCUACCUGGACAUACUGACAGUGUGGCUGGUGAAUCUGCUGCUGCCCAUGCUGCUAUCCUUGCUGGGCUCCCUAGAAGAGUAUAGUAGCCGUGUAUCUAUGCUGCUUUUCAUACUCCGUAACGCUGCUAUUCGUCUCAUUUCUCUGGGAGUACUGGUGGCGUCUCAUCUCAUCCUCGUCUCUUCUCACAGCACAAGAGACUGUCGAUCUGAUAUGCCAUGCUGGGAAACUGCCCUCGCACAGAAACUUUACGCUCAGCUAAUGUGGGACUUUGUGAUACGUGUUGUGUGGACAGCACUGCUGCUCACUCAUAAGCUACUCUCAAUACCAUUUACGUGUCUCAAGAUCUCAAUCUUCGAGCCAGAAUUCGACGUGCCAGGCAGAGUGCUGGAUGUGCUCACCUUGCAGACCCUCUGCUGGCUGAGUGUCCCCGUGUCACCGCUCCUGCCACUCUUGGUCCUGGUGUCACUCUGUGUCCUACUGUGGUGUGAUGUAAUUGUAGCACUACUUACUUCAAAGUCUUCUAGUCACAUAUUUCAGGUGUCACACUCCUCUGCUAUAUUCAUGGUGGUGAUGGCUGUGUCCUGGGUCGGGGCGGCCACUGUCACUGUCGUUGUUCUCUUCUUUAUUCCACCGUCUCUGGGUUGCGGCCCCUUCAGAGGACUGAGUGUGGCCUGGGACGCACUUGCCUACUACACUUGUAACCUGGAGGGCUCCGUCACCUUGUUCAGUUUGAUGCCCACCCGAGGGGGAGCCCCGAUCUUACACCAAAAAUACCCACAACCCAGCAACCGCCCCGACGGGUCACCAUUAUCCUUGGAAAAUGGAAAAACUUUUGCAAGGGACUAUACCUGUGUCCACACUGGCAAAACACCAUAUCCUCACAGUGUUGGGCGACAGGGAGGAGCUGCUGACCACAGGGGGAGACAUUUGGUCAUGGCCGCUUUAUAUUAUCUCUGGAUCCUGCAGCUCCGUUCUGUUCUCGUCAAGCGACUCGAGAACAAACUAAAGGAGAUCUUCAAAGACAAAGUGUUCUUAAUGGAAAGACAACAGAGGUAUCGUGACUGUCAAAUCUUCCACUUGCAGGAUCCACUUACACACUGCCCGGACUUUCGACGGUAGCUGUGUCAAAGAGUCCAAAACAAUGAAUUAGAAAUACAUGCCAGCUUCAGUGCA